UCCAUUCGACACAAUGUUUUGUGCAAUUUCCGGAGAAGUGCCUCACGAGCCUGUCGUUUCGAAAAAGACGGGAUAUAUUUAUGAGAAAAGCCUCAUUACAAAGUAUAUUGAAGCCGAGGGGAAGUGCCCGAUUACUGGAGAGGAGCUCGACCUCAGCGAUCUGAUCGAUGUAAAGACUCAGCCCUUAGUAAAGCCCAAACCCACGCCGGCGACCAGCAUUCCUGGUCUGCUCGUCUCUCUGCAGAACGAGUGGGACAGCAUGAUGCUCGAGUCGUUCACGCUCAAAAAGCACCUCCAAGCGGUUCGUCAGGAGCUUAGCCAGGCUUUGUACCAGCACGAAGCCGCGUGCCGCGUGAUCGCCCGUCUGAUCAAGGAGCGCGACGAAGCGCGCGCCGCUCUGGCCAGCGUGGAAUCGGCGGCCGUGUCGGUGCCCGAAGGCCCCAAAAUGGAAGUGGAAGAAUCGAAGAUCAGCGACGAAAUGCUCUCCAAAAUGACGCGUCGUGCCAAGGAGAGCUUCAAAACGCGUCCCAAGCGCGUGAUCCCCUCCGACCUGGCGACCUCGGAGGACAUCAGCAAGUGGUCUCUGCAAUCGACCUACUCCGCGCACAAAACGGCGCAUCCCCGCGUGAACGCGCUGCGGAUCUCCGCGGUGAGCCCGGACCUUGUUCUGAGCGGCGGCGACGACGGUCAGGUGCUUCUGUACGACGCCUCAGCGCAGCGCGUGGAGCGUCGCUUCGAAGGCCACGCGAAGCCGGUGAGCUCGGCCUUGCUGGUGGAGUCGGGCAGUGCCCGCGUCGUGGUGUCGGGGUCGCUGGACCGCACGGUGCGCGUGUGGAGCGGAGAGGAGCGGCCGACGAUCCUGCGCGCGCACUCGGAGGAGGUGACCGGGCUCGCGCUGCAGCCCACCGGGGAGUUCUUCGUGUCCUGCGGGCGCGACGGGCUGUGGGCGUUCUACGAUCUGGCGGCGGCGCGGCUGGUGCAGACGGUGCGGAGCGAGAAGAGCGCGCUGGAGACCGCGGAGUUCCACCCCGAUGGGCUGAUCCUGGCGACCGGGACGCGCGAGGGCGUGGUGCAGGUCUGGGACAUGAAGACGCAGAGCUGCGUGGCGAGCUUCGGCGAGGCGGGAGAGCCGGCGAGGGCGGUGCAGGCGGUGGCGUUCAGCGAGAACGGAUACACGAUGGCGAGCGGAGGCGAGGACGGCAAGGUGCGCGUGUGGGAUCUGCGGAACGGAGAGUGCGUGAAGGAGUGGGAGGUCGGGUCCGCGGUGAGGGCGCUGCAGUUCGAUUUCGCGGGGUGCUAUCUGGGCGUGGGAAGCGACGCGGUGAGCGUGUGGGAGAGCAAGGCGUGGACGAAGGUCUGGGAAUGCGCGGAGGACGCGGACGGGUAUCACUGCCUGGCGUUCGGAGACAAGGCCAAGUACUUGCUGGCGGGCUGUGGGAACCGCUCCGUUGCUCGCUUUUCGUUGUAGU